AUGAGGUUUACCCUCAAUGAAUGACAAGGACAUUAAAUACACUUCGCUUUGUUCUCGAUGAUAUAAGAGAAAACAUUUUGUACCUGUUGUAGCAGUGUUGGGUUUGAAGUCACACUUAAGCUUCUUAAGAUGAAACAAAUAAUCGGAUUUGCGGGAUUCGGACUCGCCUGUCUCAACAGCUUGUUCAGCAUACUUGCUCUUGCACUGAAGGUGUGGAUGGAAAAAGGGGAUGGCUAUGAAUCGAGAACGUAUGGAUUAUGGAAAUCUUGUUAUGAAACCCCGCAAGUGUCCAAGUGUGACGAUAUACCACCUGUAGCACAGGUGCUCGUUUUUCGAGGUUUCGUUGCCGUGGGCAUGGUGCUGAUGUUUGGAGCUGCAGUAACGGCUGGUCUGCGAGUGUUUCUCAUGAAAGACAGGAGAAUACUUUACCUGGCCACUGUUGGAUUAUCAUCAGCUGCCGGUUUUUGCUUACUCAUCGGCUUCGCUGCCUACGCUUCCUACUCUGGAGACCUUAUUGAUAUCGGUUUUACUUACGUUGGCGGAUUUGGCCUUUGCGUGGUUGCCUGGUUGUUCAGCUGGAUCCAGGCUGGGAUCUUCUUUGUACACGGACGCUUGCCAGAGUCACCAGCAUAGUUGGCGAGCAUUCCAACACAACGCGAGCCAUUUACUAAAUAGAAACAGUGUAAAUUGAACGCUUGUAUUGUAAAAAAAAGAUAUGAUUUGUAGGGAACAAAAAUGCGUCUAAAAACCCGGAUAGACUUUUUAAAUGUGUUAUUGUUUUAGAUUAUUAAAUGAAUGAGCUAUAUUCUUAAUAAUUCAUUAUACUUUUUGUGUUCAACUAUAUUUUUGAUAAUUCAUUCUUAAGUAAAAACUAACAAAUGAACAAAUAAGUAUGUGUUGUUAUAAGCGUUAUAUCUUAU